AUGGCAGAACCCGGGAAAAUCACCAUCUCCAUCGAUCGCGGUGGUACCUUCACCGACGUCCACGCAAUUGUCCCUGGUCGUCCGGACAUUAUCUUGAAGUUGCUCUCCGUCGACCCCGGGCACUAUCAGGAUGCCCCGACGGAAGGUGUUCGUCAAAUUCUCGAACUGGUGACCGGCAGACCUCAUCCCCGUGGCAAGCCAUUGGAGCUGGAUAACAUCGGUUGUCUGCGCAUGGGAACGACUGUCGCGACAAAUGCCCUGCUCGAACGCAAAGGAGCCCGCUCCGUGCUCUUCACCACCAAGGGCUUUCGGGAUCUGCUGAAGAUCGGUGAUCAAUCGCGUCCGAAUAUCUUCGAUUUGUCAGUGUCCAGACCGGGUGUGCUUCCCGAGGGCGUGGUCGAGGUCAACGAGCGUGUGGUUCCCUGCCAUCCAUCUGCUGAUAAGGACUGCUUCACGAAUGCCCGCGUCGUCCAGGGAGUCACGGGAGACAAGUUCCGUGUGGUGCAGGAGUUGGAUAUUGACCAGGUUAAGAGCGAACUUGAGCGGUUGAAGAAGGAGGGUUACCAGUCUCUUUCUGUGGCUUUGGUCCAUUCGUUUGCAUACCCCGAACAUGAGUGCCGGAUAGGAGAGUUGGCCGAGAGCAUGGGCUUCUCUGUCACCUUGUCCUCCAAGCUGCAGCCCAUGAUCAAGGUUGUUCCUCGAGGCAUGUCCGCCACCGCCGAUGCAUAUCUGACGCCCGUGAUCAAAACCUACAUCGAUUCCAUCUCGUCCAGUUUCGAAGGCGGCCUGGAGAACCAGCAACAAUGCAGAUUCGAGUUCAUGCAGUCCGACGGUGGACUGGUUGACUUCCGCAGAUUCAGUGGCCUCAAGGCUAUCUUGUCAGGACCGGCUGCCGGUGUCGUUGGAUUUGCUGCUACCAGUUACGAUCAGACAGAGAAGACCCCAGUUAUUGGAUUUGAUAUGGGAGGAACAUCCACGGAUGUGUCGAGAUUUGACGGUAACCUCGAGCACGUGUUUGGCUCCAAGGUCGCCGGAGUCCUCAUUCAAUCGCCCCAGCUUGACAUCAACACAGUCGCUGCCGGUGGUGGUUCGAUUCUGACAUGGCGCAACGGCCUGUUUUACGUCGGUCCCGAGUCUGCCAGUGCUCACCCUGGUCCAGCAUGCUAUCGCAAAGGAGGCCCGUUGACCGUGACCGAUGCCAACCUCUUCCUUGGCCGACUAAUGCCCAAAUAUUUCCCCCACAUUUUCGGACCUAGCGAAGACCAGCCGCUCGACACCGGAGUAACCGCCAAGUUGUUCAACGAAUUGACGCAGAAGAUCAACACCGAGCGACGAGAAAAGGAAAUGCCCGAGUAUAGCCCGGAGGAGGUGGCGCAAGGAUUCUUGGAGGUGGCCGACGAGUCGAUGGCUCGACCGAUUCGCAACCUCACACAAGCUCGCGGCUUCGAAACGACAUCGCAUCAUUUGGCUUGUUUCGGAGGCGCUGGUGGUCAGCACGCAUGCACUGUUGCUGCGUCGCUGGGUAUCUCUCGCAUCAUCAUCCACAAGUAUUCGUCUGUCCUGUCUGCGUACGGCCUGGCUCUGGCCGAGGUGGUCAAGGAGUCGCAGGAGCCAGUUUCCACGGACUACCUGUCGUCGAAAUCAAGCUUGCAGAAACAGUUUGAAGACAUCUCCAAGGCGGCCACCGAGGACAUGAAGACCCAGGGCUUCGCGGAGGAUCAGGUCCGACACGAGCUGUACCUCAACAUGCGAUACGAAGGUUCGGAUACCAGUCUGAUGAUUCUGAAGUCCGAGGACGAGUCUGUAGACUUCCUGGAGCAAUUCCGCACUCGUCAUCGCCGCGAAUUCAAUUUCAACUCGGAGCGUCCUGUGCUUGUUGACGACAUCCGUGUGCGGACGACCGCUGCUUCCAAGGUCCGAACAGAGAAGAGCCCGCUGGUGCAGCUGAGAGAAGCUAGUAUCCAAGAUGUGACUGGCGCGCCGGACAACACCACCAAGGCCUACUUCGACGGCCACGGCCGAAUCGAUACUCCUGUCUAUCUCCUCGACAAGCUCGACAAGAACGCCCGUGUGCACGGCCCUGCGGUUAUUAUCGACAAGACCCAAACCAUCGUUGUGGUCCCCGGUGCUGUUGCCAAUAUCCUCGAGACGUGCAUUGUUAUCGAUUUGAAAGAGACCGACAAGGGCUCUGUGGAUGCCGGCAGCCUGACCUCCCAGAUUGACCCCAUCCGUCUCAGUAUCUUCGGACACCGAUUCAUGUCCAUCGCUGAGCAGAUGGGUCGUACGUUGCAGAAGACUUCUGUGUCGACCAACAUCAAGGAGCGACUUGAUUUCUCUUGCGCGUUGUUCUCGCCGGAUGGUGGCCUCGUGGCGAACGCGCCACACGUUCCUGUGCAUUUGGGAUCUAUGCAAUUCGCCGUUCGCUUCCAGCACCAGAAGUGGCUGGGUAACUUAAAGGACGGCGAUGUCCUGGUUGCCAAUCACCCAAGCAGUGGUGGUACUCAUUUGCCUGAUAUUACUGUUAUUACACCAGUCUUUGACCGUCCCGGAGGCAGCGAGAUCAUGUUCUACGUGGCCUCCCGUGGCCACCACGCAGACAUAGGUGGUAUUCUCCCCGGUUCGAUGCCACCCAAGUCCACCGAGCUCUGGCAAGAAGGAGCAACCAUCGAAGGCGACAAGGUCGUCAGCAACGGCGUGUUCGACGAAGACCGCAUGGUGGAACUCCUGGUGCACAAGCCGGCGCAGUACGAAGGCUGCUCCGGAGCGCGAUGCCUCAACGACAACAUCUCCGAUUUGAAGGCGCAGAUCGCCGCGAACACCCGUGGCAUCUCUCUGAUCCAGAGUCUGUUCACUGAGUACGGCGUGGAAACAGUGCAGAAGUACAUGUACGCCAUUCAGGCUACUGCUGAGACCGCCGUUCGGAAUCUUCUCAAGGGCCUGCAUGAGAAAUUUGACGGAGAACCGUUGGAGGCAGUGGACUACAUGGACGACGGAACGCCUAUCCGUCUGAAGGUCACAAUCAACGGAGAGGACGGAUCCGCCGUGUUCGACUUCACUGGCACCGGCCCAGAAGUGUACGGAGGCUGGAAUGCACCGAUUGCCAUCACCCACUCCGCCAUUAUUUACUGUCUGCGCUGCUUGAUCAACGCAGACGUCCCCUUGAACCAAGGAUGCCUGACGCCUAUUGACAUCCACGUACCAUCGCCCAGUAUCCUUUCCCCAACGAAGACAGCUGCCGUGGUUGGAGGAAACGUGGUGACCUCGCAGCGUAUCACGGACGUGGUCCUCAAGGCAUUCCGCGCCUGCGCCGCGUCGCAGGGAUGCUGCAACAACUUGACCUUCGGCACCAACAAGCGCACCGACCCUGACACCGGAAAGGAGAUCCCCGGUUUCGGAUACUACGAGACCAUCGCAGGUGGCAGCGGCGCCGGACCAACCUGGGACGGUGAGUCGGGUGUGCAUGUGCACAUGACCAACACGCGCAUUACGGACCCUGAGAUUCUCGAGAAACGGUAUCCCACCCUGCUCCGGCAGUUCACCCUCCGUGCUGGCUCGGGUGGUAAGGGCACGCAUCCCGGUGGUGACGGUGUGGUUCGGGCGAUUGAGUUCCUCGCGCCGAUGCAGGUCUCAAUUCUGUCUGAGCGACGGGUACACCGCCCGUAUGGAUUGGAAGGUGGUGAGGAUGCACAGGCUGGGUUGAACCUGUGGGUGUCGAGGGAUAGGGAAACGGGCGAGGAGCGACAGGUGAAUAUUGGAGGGAAGAAUACGGUGCCUGUCCAGACGCAUGAUCGGUUGGUGGUUAUGAGUGCUGGAGGUGGUGGAUGGGGAGAGGCGAAAUGA